AUGGGACGCACCAAGCCAUCAUCCGGCCUCCCGCCAGCCGCAUUCCGCAAGGACGCGCGGGCGAAGAAGGCCAAAGCCACCAUCAACAAGGUGAUCCCCGCGCUGCUGUCUGCCCACCCGCGGGCGCGCGAAGGGAUCAACCGCUCCGAACUCAUCACGCCCGACCUUUUGCCUCCGAGACCCCUCAAACCCGCACCCACACGCCCGGGCCCCGACACCCCGGCCCGCAACCCGCCGGUGCCACGCAUCACCCUCCGCAUCACCGACACCCUCACAGCCGCGCACUCCCUUCUCCGCAUCGCCACCCCGCCCGCCCGCCGCCCCGCCCGCUACCUGGGCCUGGACCUGGACCUCACCAACCGCCGCGCCCGCGUCGCCAUCCUCAACAUGGCCUCCCCGCUCUGCCCCGGCGGCGGCUUCCUCCGCGGCGCCGCCAGCCAGGAGGAGUCGCUGUGCAUGCGCACCACGCUGCUGCCCGCGCUGCGCGACGCCUUCUACCGCCUGCCCGAGCUGGGCGCCGUGUACACGCCCGACGUGCUGGUUUUUCGGGCUGCGGGGGAGGGCGGUGGGGAGGGGGGUGGCGGUGGUGGUGGUGGUGAUGAUGGUGGUGAGGGUCACGGUGAUGGUGGUGGUGGUGGCGGGGAGCUGGCUAAGCGGGAUCGCUGGUUUGUGGACUGUGUUAGUGCGGCCAUGUUGCGGUUGCCUGAGGUGGAGGUGGAUGAGGAUGGCCGGGCGAAGGCGUAUGCGAGUGGGAAGGAUCGGGUGCUGGUGCGGCGGAAGAUGGAGUUGGUGAUGAGGGUCUUUCAGGCGAAGGGGGCGAAGCGGGUUGUCUUGGGCGCGUGGGGCUGCGGUGCGUAUGGGAAUCCCGUGGGCGAGGUGGCUGCUGCGUGGAGGGAGGUGUUGUUGGGUUCGAAGAGGGGCGCGAAGGCUGACGCGGGCGCUGGCUGGGAGGGGAUUGAGGAGAUUGUGUUUGCCAUCAAGGAUGCGAGUCUGGCAGAACGGUUUGCCGAGGCAUUCGGUGAUGGUUUGGUGAGGGAGCAAGAAGAAGGUGAUGCGGCGCCCGAAAACGAGGAGGAAGAGGAGGAUCCUGAGACUGCGCGAGUCAAGGCGCUGCAAGACAAGACCAAGGAGACAGAGCUGUCUGCCGAGCAAGCAAAGUCUCCUCAGCUCAUAUGCGGCUGA